CGUACCGUUUGCUCCUGCUGCCAAAACACAUUCGAUGAAUUACCGUUUUUUGUUUAUCGGAUGCUUAAGGAGCAGUGGCCGUCUGCGUUCACACGGAGUCUUUUCUUCCGCUGGAUGAUCACAGUGAGUUGUUGCCAUGACAACAGACGAGAAGAAGCCAAGGCAGCAGGAGGAAGCUAGCCAGGAAGCCAGGCCGCCCUCACCAGAAGAGGAGCAGCUCCGGCCUCGCAAUCGCAACUCUGCCAGCCGGGGCUUUUCGCGCCUCUUCUCAUCCUUCCUGAGGAGGCACUCGCAGUGUGAAGGUGAAGUGGGAGAGAAGCAGGACAAGGAAGAAGAAGAAGCUAAAGCCCCCAUCGCUGACCCAGAACCUGAGCUGAGGACAGAGGGAGAGGUCGCCCUGGAUCGGCACUCAGUAAACAGCGCAGAGGCUAAGGUUGCCCAGGUAGAGAAGAAAGAAGCUGAGGAGGAGGGUGGAAAGGACAAAGAGACUGACACGGACAAAGGGAAGGAGGCUGCUCUGGAGAAGGAGGAGGAAAAAGAGAAGGAGAAGGAGGAGGAGUCUGCUCCUGAAGGAGGCAGUAAGGGAGAGAAGGAAGAGAAGGCAACCGAGGAGGAGGCCAAAGCUCCCAGAACUCCCCGCCGACCCAAGACCAUGCAGAUCAAAGUCACCCUGCUAGACGAUGCCCUGUAUGAGUGUGAGCUGGAUAAACAUGCCAAAGGCCAGGAGUUGUUCAUUAAGGUGUGUGACCACCUCAACCUUCUGGAGAAGGACUACUACGGCCUGGCCAUCUGGGAAACACCCACUAUGAAGACUUGGAUGGACCUAACCAAAGAGAUCCGCAGGCAGGUGCAAGGUGCCAACUAUAAUUUCACCUUUAAUGUGAAAUUUUAUCCACCGGACCCUGCCCAGCUGUCUGAAGACAUCACAAGGUACUACCUGUGUCUCCAGCUGCGGAAGGACAUCCUGCAGGGCCGUCUUCCUUGUUCCUUCGUCACUCUGGCCUUGCUGGGCUCCUAUGCCCUGCAGUCAGAGUUGGGCGAGUACGACCCUGAGGUGCAUGGCACUGAAUACGCUAAAGACAUGAAAAUGGUCCAGGGUCAGACUAAGGAGCUGGAGAAUAAAAUGAUGGAGCUGCAUCGUACAUACAGGUCAAUGAGUCCGGCCCAGUCAGACCUGACGUUCCUGGAGAAUGCCAAGAAACUUUCCAUGUACGGAGUGGACCUCCACCAGGCCAAGGAUCUGGAUGGUGUUGACAUCAUGCUGGGGGUUUGCUCCAGUGGUCUGAUGGUUUACAAAGACAAGCUGAGGAUCAACCGUUUCCCCUGGCCCAAAGUCCUCAAGGUCUCAUACAAACGCAGUAGCUUCUUCAUCAAAAUAAGACCAUCUGAGGUGGAACAGUAUGAGAGUGCAAUUGGAUUCAAACUACCCAGUUACAAGGCAGCCAAAAAACUGUGGAAAGUAUGUGUAGAACAUCAUACCUUCUUCAGGCUGACCUCUACUGAGAUGGCCACCACUCCUAGAAAGUUCCUGGCACUGGGCUCUAAGUUUCGCUACAGUGGUAGGACUCAGGCCCAGACCAGACAAGCAAGCUCUUUGAUCGACAGACCAGCUCCUCUGUUCCAGCGUUCGUCCAGCAAGAGGAACUCAUGCAGCCUGGAUGGAGCCAUGGCGUCCACUCCUGACAACAAAUCUACUCGGCCGGUCAGUGCCCCCGUUAUGUCGCUGGUGUCUCCUGGAGAGGCAGCCCCAUCACCGCUGCUCCCCACCCUGCCUCGCUUUGACCAUCAUGAUGGCUGCACACCUAAAGGCUACCGCUCUGCAGACCGGAAGGCAGAGUUCAGGGCAGAGAGUCUGCUACCUCAGUACACCAAGAGCCAUAGCCCCAGACCAAAGGCCACUCCCGAAAUCAAGACAGUGGCCAGGAGAGAGCGGAGGCACUCCCCCUCUGUGCCCACCGGCAAUUAUGAAAGAGACAGAAAGAGCCAGCGCUCUCCUCAGGACAAAACAAAGACGGAGAUGGUGCGAGUGAGGAAGAAAAGAGCUAAGAAACUGGAGGGUGAAACUAUUUAUAUCAGACAUAGCAAUUUAAUGCUGGAGGACCUGGAUAAGACACAGACUGAGAUCAUGCGUCACCACACUAGCAUCAGUGAGCUGAAAAGAAGCUUCAUGGAGUCGGUACCUGAACCUCGGCCCAGUGAGUGGGACAAGCGUCUUUCCACCAACUCACCUUUUCGCACAGUGAGCAUCAAUGGCCAGCUCCAGCCAGGGCCUCCUGUGCUGAAGACCCAGACAAUCACCAUCUCAGAUGUCACCAACUCCCUGAGAGGAACUGUGAGCUACAAGAACAUCCCCUUAGUUCACACAGAGACUAAGACCAUCACAUACGAGUCAGCACAGCCUGUGGACAGCCUGGCAGAGAAGGAGUCAGGUGUGCUGCUGAGUGCCCAAACCAUCACCUCUGAGACCAUCAGCACCACAACCACCACCCAGAUCACCAAGACGGUGAAAGGAGGCAUCUCUGAGACUCGCAUUGAGAAAAGAAUCGUCAUCACUGGAGACACUGAAAUUGAUCAUGACAAGGCUUUGGCUCAGGCCAUUAAAGAGGCAAAAGAGCAGCACCCAGAUAUGUCUGUUACCAAAGUGGUUGUCCACCAGGAAACUGAGAUCACUCCAGAGUAAGACAGACUGAUCUUUUGGGAGUGCUUCACCGUCUCAGCAGCCCCCACUCUUCCUCUUUACUCGUGUCUGCAUCACAUUAUUUUACCUCAGUACUCCCAGCCACCACACCCGACUGCACUGCCUUCGACCCAUCAGACCACAUCAGAGCGAGCGAGCUUCAGUGGUGAACUACAGUAUGAACCUUAACCUCUAUGAGCAUGGAGUUUGGGCUGAAGGAGACAGUCACCAGAAAAUUCCCAAGAACCCUCCCACAAUCCCCUUCUUGUUCCACUUACUGCCAAAAGAUCAAACUCUGGACUGACAUUUUUUUUUAGAGAGAAAUGAAAUAAAGUACAACAUUUGUGGAUUUAUUCCUCUCCAAUUUGUCUGGAGAUUUUAAGAAAAUUUUCAAGGGCAUUUGGUCUUUUAAUCUUAAGAUUACCAGUACUUUAUUUUUCUACAACUUUUCUUACAAUCAAAAUUGGUUAUCGAUAACUUGGAAGUCAAGUGUUUUUUUUUAACAAUGUGUUCCAAAAAGCAUUAACAAAGGGAUUGUGGGUGAUUUUUUUCUUGGGAUUGUACACAUCAGAACUCAAGGAUCCCUCUCAAAGUUUAGCAUAGGCUUGGUGUCAUUUCUUGUACAAUGAAUAUUUUAUUUUCCCAGUCAAUGUGAAAAGAUAUUUUUUCAAUUCAUGUAUAAAAAGAUUGAUUUUAUCAAACCAGGGGGUUAUUACUCUUUUUAUCUUAUUUAUAAUUCUGACUUAAUCAUUUGUUGUGAUCUUUGCAACUUUUGGUUGUUUUAAUUGUAGUUGUUGUUUUUAAUUUUGUUGUAGUGCUUGUGUCACUAGAACGGGACUUUAUCAGGACCAAGGAGACAUGAUGAAAUGAUCUUUUCUUAAUUUAUUCCCAUCUUUGUCUCAUUUUUGUGUGUUUUGCAUUUUAGAUAUACUCAGCACAGUGGUAUGUAUCUUAAUGUUUUUAUAUUUAGAGCAGUCACCAGGUAGAGUUUUAGCCAUUUCUACUGAGCAUGACACCAGCAUCUACAGUAUAUGUCACAUUUCUGUUUUUCCACCCAAUGGGCAGUGUGCACUCAUCCAGAGAGAGGGAACGCAAAUCAAAGUGCAUUCAAAUAUAACAGAGAUUAAUCAGAAUUAAAUGAUGCAGAAUUAAGUUUUAAGUCUGCAUCAUUGGCAUUGAUACGAGGAUGAUAGUUGCCCACUUAAACUGUAAAGGUUUUGUUUUGCAUCGUCUCACUCUGUCAGAGCGUUUACAUUUGUGUUGGUAAUUUCAUGUUAACCUGAUUAAAGCUUUGUAUUCAUUUAAAAUUUAGCUAACACUAGCAUGAGGCUUCCAUGGCGCCCAGCCCUCCCUCUCCCUGCUCGCUACACUCUGCUCACCUCCACCCACCUCCGCCAUGAACAUCAUAAACCUUCUGUUUACAUAAUUGCUUUUGACUGGAUGGUACUGUUCUUUCCUGGCAUACAGUUUACAUCCAGCUAAAAUAUUCCUAAAGUUCUAAUGGUGCAACCUAAUUUAAUGAAUCACUUGAAUCUAUCUAAUACUUAGACACAAAAUUGGAAAGGAGUUUAGGAGUAGUUUGUGCAUACUGACACUGAUUAAUGCAAAUUAAUGGCUGACACCAUGACAAUAUGAGUCAAGUUGGAAUAAACUGGAAUUAUUUUACAUCUCUCGCUGAUAUACACAUAUUACAGUUUAAGAAGGAUUUAUUGUACCUUUAGCUCUAAAAAUAAGUGAGGGUAAUUUCUGUUCAUAUAUCCCCAAAACUAAACUCAAGAAUUAGCUCUGAACUAAAAGUGUUUAUGCCAUCAGUUGAAAUUGUUGACUGCUGUUCAUCACUUAUGCUGUAUGAACCAUGCAUGGGCCAGUAAGCCAGCACAGACACAGUAUUUUUCCCACCAUUACUAGCAUUGCUAGUAAUGGUGGGAAAAAAAUACAAUUUUGAAAUGAUUUUUAAUGUUAACUAAUUAGUGUGGAUUAUAUCUGACAACUCAUAAGCAGAAAUACCCUCCAGUCUGGUUUUGUUAGUUUGUGUUGCCAGUAAGAUUUUUCCUUCAAGCUACCACAUCUUUUGAAUGUCAGCCCCAUAACCAUAAUAUAAAGUUAAUUAGUCAAGCAAAGUAUUUAAAACCAGCUAAAAGAUAAGCAUGUGGCAUAUAAGAUCAUCAUCUGCAUAAAAUGUAUAUUACACUGUGGAGCUGCAGCGAUAUUGUUUUUAUACAAGUGAAUAAAAACACCCAGAAUUGAUCCCUGUGGCUCCCAUUUACAGAUGUUAAGGACACUUGACUUCACUGGUCGAGUUCUGAGAGGAUGUUCUGAACUAAAAAAGUUAGUUUUUCAGUUCAGUAUAAUUAGUCAGCAGUGUCAGAUGUACACAGUAGAUUUUUUAGAUUAUUUCUUGGCUAUUUGGUUUGAUUACCUCUUAUCUUAACCCAGUUAGUCUCAAAACGGUGUAUUGUGGCCAUUCAAGUUAUUCAAGACUAUAAUGCUACAUUAAUAUAAUAAUAAUUCUAGGAGGCAAAUUAUCUUCAUGUUUAGUACACACUGCCCAUUCAAAUGUCACUUAUUUUGUUGUGCUCAUGUAAUUCCUAGUUUGCAGAUUUUUAAACAUGAUGUAUUUUUAGAAAACACAACAUGUUGUAGUUCUUUCACUGUGCUUCUGUCUUUAUCCUGGCACUCUUCUCACUGGAAAUAAGCAAGCCAACAUUUGUUUUUUUGGUUGUGAACCCUCACUUUAGCAUCACAGGAAGACUUAAUAAAAGACCACUGU